UCUGCCAUAUGGCAGUACAUAUUUGUGCCGCCGCCGGGCGGACGCGCCAGAUGCCAUUCUUGUUUUUUUUUUAAUGCUUGUUAAAGGUUUACGUUGUAAGUUGUGAAAUACAAAGAGUUUGUAUAAGUGAAUAAAAACAGUUUAACUAAUAAAAUGGAUAAGAAAGAAGAUGAGAAAAUUAAAGGCAAUGACAGCGAUGCGCUGGAAUCUGUGCUGGUACACAUAGGUCAGUUCGGCCGCUACCAGAAGCUGUUGUUCCUGGGGAUGUUACCAGUGGGAGUGUUUUUCGCAUUCAUAUAUUUCGUCCAAAUGUUCAUAGCCGCUACCCCACAACGGCACUGGUGUAAAGUUCCAGAACUAACUCAUUUAGAUCCCGAGUUGAGGCGAAAUUUGACUGCUCCUCCACCAAGUAUUGACGGCGAGGAAUGGAACCGCUGCUUCAUGUACGACGCCAACUGGACCGAGGUUUUGCUCAGCAACAGAACCGAUCCCGACACACCCAUCACAGCCUGCAAGAACGGCUGGGAGUUCGAACUGAAAGACAUCCCAUACCAUACUGUAGUUAGUGAGCGCGGCUGGGUGUGUGAUAAUUCCGGCUACACUCCCUUCACUCAGACUGUUUUCUUCAUUGGCUCCUUCUUUGGAGGUUUAUUUUUUGGAUGGGUAUCUGACUACUUUGGAAGGGUACCGGCUUUGUUUGGUGCCAACGUAAUGGCGUUGGUCGGCGGCAUAGCUACAAUAUACACGACGGAGAUAUGGGAUUUCGCUUUCUGUCGGUUCAUCGUCGGCACUUCCUACGACACCUCUUUUAUGGCCAUGUAUAUUUUAGUGUUAGAGUACACGGGUCCCAAGUACAGGACGUGGGCAGCGAACAUGUCGAUAGCUCUGUUCUUCGGUGGGGGCUGCCUCAUCCUUCCCUGGGUGGCGUGGUGGGUCUCGGAUUGGAGGACACUCCUCUGGGUCACUUCACUGCCCAUGCUGCUAGUGGUAGUUGUGCCUUUCACUGUACCGGAGAGCGCUAGAUGGCUUUCAUCUCGGGGGCGGGUUAACGAUGCUGUAAAAGUUCUGAGAAGAUUCGAAAGAGUCAAUGGAAGGAAAAUACCUGAUGACGUCAUGGACGAGUUUAUUGUCUCAGCCAGUCAGACUCGCCGCACAAAAGAGUCUAUAAUGGAUGUCUUCAAGAGUUCAGCUCUCCGAGGUCUCCUCGCUCGGAUGGUUAUAGUGUACAUGACAUGCGCGCUGGUCUUCGACGGGCUGGUCCGUAUGUCGGAAGGCCUCGGGUUGGACUUUUUCGUGACCUUCACUUUGACCUCCGCCACCGAGAUACCGUCAGUCAUGCUGCUGGCCUUAGUACUGGACAGGUUCGGUCGUCGGGUUCUGACCGCCGUCCCGCUGUUGAUAUCAGGGACGCUGAUACUCAUUGCCACUUUGGUGCCUAGAGGUGUACCGCAAGUGUCGCUGGCGAUCAUGGCCAGGUUCAUGAUCAACAUGGCGUACAACGCGGCCAUCCAGUGGUCCGCUGAGCUGAUGCCGACUCCCGUGCGAGGAUCGGCCUCCUCUUUCAUACACGUCAUGGGAUACGUCUCCACGCUCGUGUCCCCCUUCGUCGUGUACUCGGAGCGAGCGUGGAAGUUAUUGCCUCUCCUCAUUCUGGGGGCGUUGUGUUUGGUGGCGAGCGGAGUUUCUCUCAUGGUGCCGGAGACCAACGGCCGGCCGAUGCCACAGACUAUAGAAGAGGGCGAACAGGUCGUGAGGAGCUACACGCUAUGCGGGAAAGUCGAAGACGCAGAAGUAACUGCUGAACAAAACGAGAAGGAGAAGGCCCUCAUCACUUAGAGACAACACAUUAAUAGUUUAGCAUUAAAUAUAAGUUCUGCCUGUAAUGUAAAAACGUGAAGCGAUUCGAAUUUCUAGAUGAUGUUAGCUUGGUAAAAAUAAAAGUAUCACAUAUCAGAUGACAGUUAUCAUCUACAAAGAUGUGUUUUGUGCGAAAUGCGUUUUAUAUAUAAUUAUAAUUUCCGUACAAACGGUCGCAUAAUUCGAAUUAUAUCUUAAUAAAGAUAAUUGAGACGGGUACAAAGUAUAUGAUAAUCGCCUGAUUGAGACCAAUGAACCGAGUGCUUCAGACGUAGUAUUCUACGACGCUGAAAUAUAUAAAAAUUCUUAUAAUUUAUAUUUCUUUAUAUUAAAAUAGAUCUUUGUUUUUAAUGUUUAGACUGUUAGUGAAACGCCUCUUUGGUAAGAUCGGCCAGGAAGGAGUCCUUGGCAGAACAAUGGACCUCUCGAUGUAUGCUUGUCUCGUACGAAAUAACUUUUAAUGUAAUUGUACAUGAUGGAUAUUCUGUGAUAAAAAGUCAAUUUUGUUAAAAGUUACACUUUAAUAGUUAUAAUUUAGUUUACUACUAGAUACUAGAUACCGUAAGAUAUAUAUAUUUUUAUUUUAGAUUUUAAUGCAUUUUGUGUUAUAAAUAAUAUUUUAACAUCAAAA